UAUUACUAAAGCAAUGAAAAUAAUAUAUAAUUUUGACGGAAGUAAUGAUCCUGAUGUGGAAGAGAAGUUACUACAACAUUUGUUACAGAAGAAGCAGAAAAAUACUCAUCUAGAAUCACCUGAGAAGGAAAGUCUACCAGAGAAAGACAAUCCUCCUGAUAAGAGUAUAUGUAAGAAAACUGAGAAUGAAGAUCCUGAGAUUGCGUGUAAGAAGACAGAACAGACUUGUAAGCAAAAAAGCCCUGAAAAGGAUAUCUUCAAUUCCAAUAUCUUUCAAUCACCCAAAGAGAAGGAUAAUGCACAGAUAGUUGAAGAUUUGAUUUCUUCUACUAGAAAGUUGGAAAGCUUCAAGGCUUGACAAGGUCAAACCCAAACACAUAUCUACAAGUCUCUUUCAUCUCGAAGCGAGCAGGAUGCGAUUAGUAUCAUAUUGUGCUAUAGAGCACAGAGGAAGACAAUCCCUUUCAUCCCAAGCAAUUAUGAAGACCUUCGCAGCUACAUUCUGCAGAAUAUAAGGUCAAGGAAGGGGAUCCCUGUUCACCAAAGUGACUUUAACAUAUAUUUCUUUGAUUAUGAAACUGAGAGAUGCUACAUAGAGUCAGAUAAUGACCUUGAAGGGGCAUAUAGACUUGCCUCUCAAGCUACUCCAAAGAACUUAAAGAUCUGCAUCGAUAUUGAGAGGGAUAUCAAUAAAGAGGAUAAGCAGCAUUCUGUACAACAAGAAGAGAGUGACCUUGAAUCAGAUUCUGAUGGUCACGGCCUAGUCAGAGAGCUGUUCGAACUAAUUGAUUUUGAACUAGACAGAUCGGUAAUAAUUAGAGAAGGAAAUGUCUACACAAAAUAUGAUGCUUUUCGUACCAGAGCACAUGACCAGACAAAUUCAGUCUACACUUGAGUUGAUUUCUCAAACUACAGAUGUACUGGAAAGUGGGAAACCAAGCCUUUGAUGUUUAAUGGGGAGUAUGGGAGGUCAUUUAUUCCUCAUUCUCUUCCACCAGAGAAGCAUACCAACUCUUCCAAAGAUGAUAUUAUUAAGAAGUAUAAUGAGUCCCUACUGACUGGGCUCGAUCAGCAUGAUAUCUCACUUGAGAGAAGAGAGAUAAAGACUCUUAUUAGACAGAUUAUUGAUGAAGAUCCUUCCUUAACUGUAAACCAAGUUAUUGCAAAACUGAAGAUUGUCUUUACCCAUACAAAACUUCUUCCUCGACAGAGUAUUGUUUCAAUGGUAACCCAAUCCAGAAACAAAAGAUGCGCUCAGUUUUCAUUAGAUGAUGGAGUUGAUAUCUCCAGAUUAAAGACUCUUAGAGGGUCAGCAUUUGGGAGAGGCUCUGGAGUAGCACUUGUUGAUGGAAAGCCCAAGCAUUUCUUAUACUUUUAUUCAGACUUCCAGCUGAAAAUAGCCAAAGAAGUCAAAGAUGAUCCAAAUUUACACCUCUUCAUUGACGGAACCUUCAAAUGUUGUCCAUGAGUCUGGUCACAGCUGCUUAAUAUAUGUGUCUUUCAUCGAGGGAAGAAUCUUUAUUUUCCAAUAGCUCAUGUAUUGAUGCAAAGUGAGACCUAUGAAGGGUACAAGACUGUGUUAAACUGGUUUAACUCAGAGAUAGGCUUGCAACCAAGAUUCAUCACAACAGAUUUUGAACUAAGCUUGAUAACUGCUUCAAAAGAGGUUUAUCCAAAUGCAGAUAUAGUACCUUGAUUCUUCCAUUUCACUAAGGCUCUCUGGAUGAAUGCUGCCAAGCACGGUUUGAAAAAAAGAAAUGUUCUUAGCCAAACAAAGCAGUUGAUGUUCUCUCUUAAAGCACUUGCGUUUAGGCCUCCUGAGAAGGUUUAUAGAAGAUUUGAGCUGAUCCGGGACAACUACUCACAAAAAUCUAAUAGCUUUAAAUCUUUCUUAGAAUACUUUGAACAUACAUGGAUGGACAGAACUUUUAAGAUAAAAGACUGGAAUUAUUACGAAAAGCUCAGUAAUUUCGAGGAACUUGCCUUGACCAAUAAUGGUCUUGAAUCCUUCCACCAGAUGAUCAGGUCUCAACUUAGGAGAACCAAACCAGCUCUCUCAGGAUUUGUCGAUGUUCUUGGCAGAGUCGAAUUGAUGAAAAAGACUGAUUAUGAAGAAGACAAAAUCAAAGGUGACCCUCAGUACAAUAGGUGAUGGCCUAGUUCAGUUAUUUUUAAAGAGCUUUACACUAAGGCAUGACAAGAUAAGCCUAAAGAAGAUGGCACAAAGGAAGAUUUAAAGCUUGAGGAUGAAAAAAUUACUCAAGACUACCAGUCAGAAAAUCCAAAAGAUCGAAAUAGUAUCAAAAAGUUAGAAAGAGAGGUGCUCUUCCUCUUUGAAGAAUUUGAUUCAGCCAAUACUGCAAUGUGGACUGACUCAAGAAUCCGUAGAGAGAACCAGAUCAGCUAUGAAAUCCAGCAGGAGUGCAAGACCUCUAAGGCUAAUAAGACACAAGGAUUAUUGAAAGAACCAGAUUUGCGUGAAGUUUGAAUAGAGAACGAUCGACCUCGCUUAAUUAAAGAGAUGGAGAAAGCCACAAAAGCAAAAUACUCAGAUACCUAUCUCGAAAAAGAUAUGGUCCCUGGCCUUAUCGAAGAGUUUGAUGAUGAAGAGGAAGCGAGAAAGCUGCUCAAAGGCGAGCUUAUUGCCAACUACUGGCCCUUAUUUGAACAACCCAGGCAAUACAGAAAUAAAAGCAACGAUAAUUCAAAAUAAUUUUCAAUAUUAAUUCA